UUUAGUCCCGAAGUGUAGCCUGAUUAUUUAUGCUAUAAUCCUUUUUCUGGACGCAUAGCUAGUGCCAAAUGAAAGCUAGUUAAUAACUGUUAACUGGAUGUUUUUGGAUGCAAGAUAACAACCGUAGAACCAAGUGGUUAUCUACAUCUGGAUUUCUUCGUCACAAUUAAUAUCUAGGGCAGGUUCCAAAUAUGGUGACUUCACAUAAUACGAUUAACUACUAACACUUAUAGCGUGUAACUCGUGUGACUUAAUCUACAAGGCUUGUUAAAAUUCCUAGCAAUAAAAAAAAGACGUGUCAAUUAUUAUUUCCAGUGUUUGAUCAGCAACAGAAAAUAAAACAAGGAUUGCAGACUUGCCGUUUCUACACGCCAUGCGUUUCUGAACCAAUUAAAAUUCACAGCGACACCACAGGAUUAAUACGAAAUACACUUGUGGGAAAAACGGGAAUUGCUGUGGUGCUUGUGAGAAGAUUAGCACGAAGCAAAUGGAAAUGAAGAGUGUUCUUUUCAUAUUGCUGACUUUCUUUGGUCUGGCUUUGACUGAAGCUCAACAAAAAAACCAUUGUCAGUACAUGUUGUACAACUGUACACAGAUGGUCAGACCGUUUCUCAAUGAUGACCGUUACAUGUUUCCUACCAGCCCCAGGGACAUCGACGACAUGUGCAAAAUGUGGAGUGGGUUCGUAGACUGUGUCCGCCAUUUUAUGACCGACUGUUCAUCAGAAGACCAACGUUCCAAGUUUAACAACGCUGUUGGCGAUUCCAUGGAUACCGUACACGCCAUCUGUAGUUCUGAUAAGUACCAAACAGAAUACUUGGCCAAUGCUGAAUGCUUCAAGCGCGUAUCUAUUGGCAGCUGUGAUUCGUAUUAUCGCCGUAUGGUGGAGCAGGUGUCAAAUCAAGAAGCUGAAAAUAAUCACAUAUGUUGUGCAUACAGCCAGUUCAAGAACUGUGUAACUGAACCUUUGAUGGAACAAUGUGGUAACAGAGCGAAAACCUUACUGGACCACUCCAUGACGUUCCUGAUGUCCAUGUGCGGCAAAACACACUAUUCGUAAGUACAUGAAUUAACCCAAAACCCGAUGAUCGCUUUAUCUAACAACUAGCUUCAA